UGCGAAUCUGUGGUGUAUUCAUUUAUUGUUGAGUGGUAUAAAGAUGAAUCUGGUCUAAUUGAGCAGUUUAAGCUCAAUUUCUACCCAGACGAUAAUUCUGUUGAAAUGUAUGACUUGAAGCACCAUAGACUUUUUCUGCGAAAGUUAAAACAGGCUGAUCUUAAGGUUUCAGAUUUGUACAUUGGCAGUUCUGUUAAUAUCUUAUCUCGACAUUUACGUAUCGUUCAAUUUGCCGAUGAGUUUACUUCAAAUGCACUCUCCGGUAAUUCAGAAAGGUGUGUUUGCAUUAUUUCACCAUUGGGGACAUGCAGCGCUGGGAAAUAUAUUGGGCAGUUUGAGGACAAUGGGUUUAAAAUUGUCAACCUUAAACUCUUAUACCUUGAUAGUACGGAUGUACGCACAUAUUUCUCUAAUUCAUUGGAGUGCAAGUAUCUAGACAAGCUGGCCAGCAUUCUUACGGACGGCGGAACGAUAGCUGUUGAGUUAAUGCGCCGUAACGCAAACAGUGUGCUUAAGGAAAUGAUAUAUGGCAAGUCCGUCGACAAUUAUGACCUCUUUGCUAAUACCGACGUUUUCGUGCUGGCUCAGACACCUGAAGCAGCAGCUGUACAGGCUCACUUGUUGUUUUCAACUACUUUAAACCAGAAAAAUCGCAACACGACAAAUAUCCAAGAUUCUACAUGUGCGGUUGUCAAACCACACGCCGUACGCAGUGGUCAACUUGGUGCCAUUUGGGAAACUAUCCAAUCAAACGGUUUCUGCGUUGUCGGGGCGCAAGUUUAUCGACUGUCUAAAGUCGAUGCAUCCGAAUUCUUAGAGGUUUAUAAAGGUGUUCUUGCUGAAUACCCCGAGCUGAUUAACGAAAUGACUUCGGGGCCUUGCGUUGCUUUACAGAUAGCACAAGUAGACUCCGAUCAAGAUAAAGUGCGCCAAUCUGGGGAAUCGACCUCUGUGCAGCUGCGUUUUCGUGAAAUUGUAGGACCUAUGGACCCGGAUAUAGCUAGAUACCUGAAGCCAAAUACAAUUCGCGCAAAGUUUGGAGUAAAUCUAGUUAAAAACGCAAUCCACUGUACAGAUCUGCCGGAUGACGUUCCAAUGGAGAUUGACUUCUUUUUCCGCAUACUUAAAACCUAG